AUGACAUUAAUCAACUUGCUGCGAUCCCAAAGGUUUGAGUUGAAAACGGACGAGAUACUGAUCAUCGAUUUGGCUGGACAUCUCCGUCGCACACCAAUUCGGACAUCAAACCUCAUGGAUUUUAAACAUCUACAAUCUCCGUCGUUUGAGACCCGAAACGAGGAAGUUCGAUCACUUCAGGCAGUCUCAGUCAUCCGUGAUGCCGAACGUUCGAUUAAUAGCUGCGAAUUGAAUCAUCCGAAUUUUAAUGGUGACGUCUAUGCUAGUCUACGCAAGGGUGGUGCUGUCAACUUCUUCUCGCGUUACUGUAUCGGUCUCGUUGCAGCUACCUUCUCAUCCACCUUUUCAGUCGGAUGUCUUUACAGCGCCAUUCAGCCUAUGCUACAAAGACACGUUAACUUUACUACAAAUCAAAUCGCAGCCUCGGAACGGUUGACGUCAAUGCCUUUGAUUUUAAGCUUCGUCUUUGGUCUCCUCUCAGAUUGCUACCCAAUCAUGGGUUCUCGUCGCAAAGGGUACACUCUCGUUGGUCUGGUAACGGCUGUCGUGAGUAUCUGGAUUUUAGCUGCUUUAAACGCUUACGCUGCAUCAUAUGAGACUGGAAAGGCUGGUGUAGGCAUCGCUGUUCUUGUUAUUUUGUUUGGAGCGCUCACUAGUUUGGGAAAUAUCCUGAUGUACGUAAGUACCCAUACACGUGUGAUCGAGCUUGCUCAGCGUGAACCACUUGGUUUGCGGGGUUCAAUCCUGGCAACGUAUUUGAUUUUUCGAUGUAUCGUAUACAUCAUCACGGAUCUCUGCAUUCACUUCUCGCGGGUAUCAGCGACUGCUAAUUCAGCCCAUCAAACGACAACGUUGAUUGUCUUUGGUGUCAUCAUUGCAUUGCCAAUGCCUUUGAUUAUUCAUUAUUGGGAUGAAAAGUGCUACUCCUUGUCGACAUCGGUAAAAUGCCGCAGUCAAAUUCUAUGGAAGAUUAUGCAGCAAAAAGCCUCGUGGAGUAUCCUCUUGUUUCUGUGCUUUUUCACAUUAUUCAAUCAGAUUUCAUUUAGUGGCCCUGUUCUGGUCAUUAGCGUCUGGGCUGGAGCAAAUGAAGAUAGUUUUCUCAUGCAGCAAUCAAUGUACUAUGGUGCAAUGAUCGUGACAAUGUUUGUAUGGCGUUCUUACUUUAUGAAUCGCUCGUGGCGUGCGUUUUACUUGGCUUGUCCCGUUUUACUCAUUGUACCACAAUUAAUAGUUUCGAUCCUCGUAAGUCAAGAUAUUGUUCGAAAUCGAGUGUUCUACCGCAUCAUGACACUCUUCAGUAGCGUUUCUGCUGCGAUUGGAUGGCUUGGAAGUAUCGUACCAUUAACGGAGAUUGUUCACGAAGGUUCAGAAGGAGCGAUUGUUGGAUUGUCAUUGUCAUUCUACUUUUUAGUAAUGAUCUUUGUACAAACCAAUUCAGUCGGACUUUUUGAAGGUAGCAACUUUUACGACGUUAAUGAAGUAGCAGCUGAUACUCAUGAAGGACGUCAAGGUGUUCUCAAAUCAUUAAUGCUCAAUUACGGGUUGAACGCUAUGUCUAUCAUUGGACUCUAUUUCCUACCACGCCAGAAACUCGAUACACAGCAAUUACGUUGUUAUGGCGGGUAUACCAAGUGUGCAAGCUCUGCUAUUGUCACAUUUGCUGUAAUUCUCUUCAUAUAUUCGUUUGUAGUGACAAUUAUGACUUUUAUUCCAGAGAAAGCAUGUCUGCGUCUUAUCGGUGGUACAGGCUGUUAA